UUGCUCACUCGUGCACGGCGAAAGAUGUGGUGCGGUGAACGGUACGCGUACGGUUUUUAAGCAUAAACGGGUUUGCAGGAUAUUAUAAGCGUGAUAACAGAGAAAUCAUAUACAUAUGUAUGUAUGUGCUUAUAUACGUGCAUUUACGAUCGUACUUGUGUGUAUAUGUGGCUUGGGUACAAUGAACGUUGUAUGUUACUCAUACGCCCCGUCAACCAAUUAAGUGGUCUACGCAAUUAGACUACGAAGUCGCGACGCUGAUUCGGUCAAGGUCAGCUGCAUUACGAUACAUUCCGCGUUAAUUUUUUUUUAUAAAUAUAAUUUUCUCUACUUUGUUUUCGUGUUAAUAAAUAUUAUAAAUAAAAGACGUACAGUGAUAAAGAACCAACGUUUCAAUUCGAUUGAGAAAAAACGGUCAAUACAUUCCAGCAACAACCCACAUAAAUAAAUAUACGCACACUUACACAGCUCGCGCACAUACGCGAAUAAACAUUUAGAUUUCGCUAAUUAUCAGCCAGACAAAGUUUUGUGCAAUGAAAAUGCCGCAAACCGAAGAUGAAGUUAAUGAAAAAAUUUACGAUCAUCGCAUCAUGCCGGAUUGGUCGAAUGUAGUGAACGAAACUAAUGGCACAAUGCACUAUUCGAAGGAUAUGAUCUUCAAUGAUGGGCAUCGCCUCUCGAUCACAGUUUACAGCAUCCUGCUGGUGCUAUCAACCAUUGGCAACUCCACUGUGCUGUAUUUGAUCGUGAAGCGACGCUGGCACAAUCGUACACGCAGUCCGUCCCGCAUCGAUAUCAUGCUAAUGCAUCUGGCCAUUGCUGAUUUGAUGGUGACUUUCCUAUUAAUGCCGCUCGAGAUAGCGUGGGCGUAUACGGUGCAAUGGCGUUCUACAGAUUUCGUUUGCCGCACAAUGAGCUUCUUCCGCGUAUUUGGCCUGUAUUUGUCGAGUUUUGUGCUGGUCAGCAUAUCAAUAGAUCGAUAUUUUGCCAUACUGAAACCCUUGAAAUUCUCAUCAAGUCGUGGUCGUAUUAUGUUGGCGAUUGCAUGGAUCGCAUCGGUGAUCUGCAGCACACCGCAGGCAUUUGUAUUCCAUUUGGAGCAACAUCCCAAAGUGAAAGGUUACUAUCAGUGCGUCACAUUCCAUUCCUUUCCCACCGAACUGCAUAAAAUGGUCUAUCAGGUUUCCAAUAUGUGCGCCAUGUACGCCUUUCCGUUGAUUACUUUCAUCUACUGCUAUGGCCGAAUCUACUUGGAGAUUUAUCGCAAGAGUAAGCGCAUGGUUAAGGGUGAUGACAAAAAUGGUUUCGCCAGAUUCCGUCGUUCAAAUGACGAUGUAUUGGGACGCGCUAAGAAGCGUACACUCAAAAUGACAAUAACAAUUGUAAUUGUUUUUGUGAUAUGUUGGACGCCAUACUACAUCAUCUGCAUGUGGUUCUGGAUUGAUAAGAAUUCCGCUUAUAAUGUAAAUCCAUUGUUGCGUAAAAUACUUUACAUAUUUGCUUGUACGAAUUCGUGCAUGAAUCCAUUGGUCUAUGGGGUAUUCAACAUACGCGGCAAAAUGAACAAUAAUAAUACGUCCGUAAAUAAUCGACAUACAUCGCUCUCUAGUGGGGGACGCAUGGUCAUGAAAGAGCGUAACGGUAGUAAAAGUACAAUUGUAAUAGUACCAGCAGUGAUCAAUGGCAGCUCCGGCGAUACCAGCAAUGCCACACAAAGUACGAACAUCUCCAAUGACAUAUUCACUAUAUCGAAGAUCACCGAAGAUAAGGAGAUUGAAAAGCCACCAAAGAUUUGUGUAAGUUGCAGUGAUCCAAUUGGCGAAUUGACGAGUACUCCCAAGCCGCAACAAUGAGCCUUUUACACGUAAUAUGACUGAGAAAUUGGUAAACUGAGUUUGCUAAACAAAAAAAAGAACCAAACAAAAAACCAAAAAGUGGAAAAUUUUACUCGCACAUGAGUGUGUAAUUAAGUUAUUUUGUACCUUCAAUAUUUAUAAGGAAUUUUUAUUCGAAGCUCCGUCGUCCGUAGAUCGUGCAGCAUACACACAAGCGCAUCGCAUAGGCAGAGGGUCUCUUUUAUAUGACCGCCGAUUAUACUUUUGCUCAAAUUUAAUUAUAAUGUACGCUAGUUGCGGGUUAAGUAAAUUAUGUAUGUAUGUAGAUACACCUAUCCACUACUAUUGGAUAUGCUGAAGAUGCCUACUUAGUUAUGCUAAUUAUGUAGUGUUAAGAAGCCUGUAUGCAUGUAUUGUAGUAGCUGUUUGCCGGAGUUGUAUAAUCUAAGCUUGAACUUAAUUUAAUUUAUUCAUAAUAAAAUUCGAAAAAAAUCGACAAAUGUAA